UUGCGGGCGAAGGGCUUGGAACCCCCGGUGCUGAGGCCGGGGCCCUCGGCCAGGAUGAGAUGAGGCCGGCCCCAGGCCAUCUGGGAGAAUCGAAGCGUCCCAGCUCUCCCCUUCUCCGCAUUUUAACCAAAAGGGGUACCAUUCGGUAUGGGUGCAGAUGCGCUUGUGUGGGUGUUGUUGGGGAGGGUCUUCGCUCCGGUUUGGGAGGCUGUACUCACCCCUGCCCAGAACUGUACUCACCCCUGCCCGGAAGACGCCUGGUCUCGGUUCCAACCUCGCAGCACGCCUUGUUCGUGGCCUCAGCUCCUUCGGAUUCGCAGGCCCCGAGCCCUCCUUCGUCUCCUGGAAACGGAGGACGGAGGCUUGGAGCCCGGAGGGCAAACGUCCGGAGGCGGCGGCGGGGCCCCGAGGCUCUGGGCUAGGAGACCCGGAUGAUGACCAGCACUUAACACAGUGGUAGCAAAGAGGACGAAAAAGACUUCACGUGUAGCGGGGCCGGUGCCUGCGCGCGGGAAACGCCAACGUCCGUGUCCCUCGCACAAGGGCCACGAGGACAGCGUCCGAUUCUCAGAAAGCCACCGGGGGUCAUCUCAGCCCCGGGUUGGCCGCAGUGGCUCCGUCACUCCAAUCAUCCCGUCCCUCGGCGGGGCAGCGCCCGCCCGAGAACCGGGGCCUGUCCCGGACGCGGGGCCGGCCCGCCGCCGCCCGCCUCGCAUCCGGCCGCAGGGACCCGGCGCGGAAGGUCGGCCGCCUGCCCUUACGCUUCCGUUGGCUUCGUUCAAACAGGCCGCUUUCGCCAGCAGCCAAUCAGCACGCUCGAUCUUCGGCCGCCGCCCAAUGAGCGCGCGGAAUGGGGGAAAAAGGGCGUGACGCCCAAGCGCAGCGCCAUCACACUUGAGGGCAAAGAGGUUAGGCAGCCGGCAUGGCGCUCCGGUCAAUAAAAUCGAUAGCUGGAAGCCGCCCGCGUUCCAGGCUGAGGCGGUGCGGGAGCGGCGCCGCCAUCUUCCCCGGAGGCAUCUUCCGGUGCCUUUCCCCCGAGUUCGGGCAGGAGUUGCCUGAAUAACAGCAAAAGGUUUCCGGGAGCCCCGCAGGGCGGCCGAUCCGAUUCCCUCCCGGCCUCCCGGGCCCGCGCAGCGCCGGUGCGGCCGGGCGCCCCAGUCCGGGGUCCGCCGCGGGUGCGGGCCGGGGAAGGCCGUGGCGCCGGCUCCCGCGGUCCGAUGGCGCCACCUUCGGCUCCGCUCUCCGCGCGGGGACCCGGACAGCCCGUUCCCGGCCGGAGGAGGGGAAGGAGGCCGAGGGCCGUGAGCUUCGCGGACGUGGCCGUGUACUUCUCCCCGGAGGAGUGGGGCUGCCUGCGGCCCGCGCAGAGGGCCCUGUACCGGGACGUGAUGCGGGAGACCUACGGCCACCUGGGCGCGCUCGGGCGCGCAGGUCCCAAACCAGCCCUCAUCGCCUGGCUGGAACGGAACACCGACGACUGGGAGCCGGCGGCCGUGGACCCGCAGGAGAGCCCGAGCGGGCUCACAGUCCAAAGAAAAACCAGAACCAGAAAGAAGAACGGAGACAAGGAAGUGUUCCCACCCAAGGAGGCCCCCCGGAAGGGCAAGCGAGGUCGGCGGCCCAGCAAACCCCGACUCAUCCCCAGGCAGACCUCUGGGGGCCCCAUCUGCCCGGACUGUGGUUGCACCUUCCCUGACCGGCUGGCCCUGGAGAGCCACAAGUGUGCCCAGAAUCUGAAAAAGCCUUACCCUUGCCCGGACUGCGGGCGCCGCUUCUCCUACCCCUCCCUGCUAGUCAGUCACCGGCGGGCACACUCUGGUGAGUGUCCCUACGUUUGUGACCAGUGUGGCAAGCGCUUCUCCCAGCGCAAGAACCUCUCGCAGCACCAGGUCAUCCACACGGGCGAGAAGCCCUACCACUGCCCUGACUGCGGCCGCUGCUUCCGGAGGAGCCGGUCCCUGGCCAAUCACCGGACCACGCACACCGGCGAGAAACCCCACCAGUGCCCCAGCUGCGGCCGGCGCUUCGCCUACCCCUCGCUGCUGGCCAUCCACCAGCGCACGCACACGGGCGAGAAGCCCUACACCUGCCUGGAGUGCGGCCGCCGCUUCCGACAGCGCACGGCGCUCGUCAUCCACCAGCGCAUCCACACGGGCGAGAAGCCCUACCCGUGCCCGGACUGCGAGCGCCGCUUCUCCUCGUCCUCCCGCCUGGUCAGCCACCGGCGCGUGCACUCCGGCGAGCGCCCCUACGCCUGCGAGCACUGCGAGGCGCGCUUCUCCCAGCGCAGCACGCUGCUCCAGCACCAGCUCCUGCACACGGGCGAGAAGCCCUACCCCUGCCCGGACUGCGGCCGCGCCUUCCGGCGGAGCGGCUCCCUGGCCAUCCACCGCAGCACGCACACCGAGGAGAAGCUGCACGCGUGCGAGGACUGCGGCCGGCGCUUCGCCUACCCGUCCCUGCUGGCCAGCCACCGGCGCGUGCACUCCGGCGAGCGGCCGUACGCGUGCGACCUGUGCUCCAAGCGCUUCGCCCAGUGGAGCCACCUGGCACAGCACCAGCUCCUGCACACCGGGGAGAAGCCCUUCCCCUGCCUGCAGUGCGGCCGCUGCUUCCGCCAGAGGUGGUCUCUGGCCGUCCACAAGUGCGGCCUCAGAGCCCCGAACGGCGGCCCCAGAGCUGCUGCCGCGGGGGCCGCGCAGAAGGGCAGUGCCCUGUAGUCCAGGAAGGACGGUGGAUUGUCCUUUCAUUUCCCGGAGGGGCUCAGGGAAGCGAAGGCGAAGCCCCGGGUCAGACAAGGCAGCGGCGGAAGGGACACCCAGGCCUCCGGCUGUGGCGACCCGACCUUGAGUCUGUCUCCCCACACUGGCUGCCUUACCGAUGUGUCUACAACAGCCCGGUUAGGAGAGGUGACAUCCCGUGGUGGUUUUCCAGGCUACCCUAUCCCGAGAGGAUUUCUGUGUGUGGACAUCAGGGCUAAAGGGCCUCCCAUCCAUUUUAGGGGCCGGCGGCUGUCCUAGUCGUGCGCACAGUUGGUGGGGCAGCGUCUGGUUUAGUCCCCUUCCUUCUACACUCCUGCCAAGUGGUUUCUUUUUUCUUUUUUCUUUUCUUUUUUUACUUGCUUUAAAACCUCCCUGGAUAGGGAGCUCACUACCUCACAAGGCAGGUCAUUUCGUUUUGGGAUAGCUCUGAUCUUUAGAAGGCGGUUAAGUACCACCUUCUCCUUCCCUAGAAGCCUAGCCGAGUAUGUAAGACUUCAUCUACAGGACAGCAUUUCAGAUAACUUAACCACAACGGCUUUGCCCACGUUUUCAGGUUAAACAGCACGAUUUGGUCAAUUGUUCCUUAAAGACAGGGUUUCAGUUCCCACACGUAAUCUCUCUCCAAACAGGUGGUUUUUCAGUGUCCCUUUUAAAGGGUCAUCCAAAAAUAAGCCAGCACCACAGUGUACAGAGCACAUCUCUCUACUUAUUUUAACAGCUCUAGAUGGCACUGAAUUUGGGGGUGGUGACAUUAGAGCAGGGCUUCAUUGGGUUACGGAGACAUAAAUACCUAAGCUUUUUUUUUUUUUUUUUUUUUAACCACAUACUGUGAAGCUAAGUCUUCUGCCCCCUGUGUUCGGAAAAUUGAAGUUGGGUCUGGGACAUAGACAAAGUGAGUUUUGGGAGAAGACUGAUUUUAAGGAGAAGCAGGGGAGCUAUGGUCUAGCAGCAAGAGGUCAAACUGGACCAGCCUGCACUUCAUCCAGGGGAUUUGGAUUAGUUUCAGGCAGCCAGUGGCUAGAAAGUCCUUGAGAACUGGGUCUCACUCCUCCCUGAUUCUCAACCGAAUAAGGAGACAUCAGCACAGAACCUUCCGUGAGUCCUCAGUCAACAUUUUUCAUAAAGUGAGGCCAUUCAAGGAGGGCAGGAAGCCAAGUACUUGAAUACAGGGCCGGAGGAGUCUACAGCCAUCGAGUUGUGUUUAUGCCUGCCUUCCUCACAGAAGCUCCCCAAAGCAGCAGCAGCAGCAACGUGUCUUAAUCUUUGAUAUGCCUCCCUGGCACCUGCCCCUGAGUAGAUGCUCAAUAAAGCUUUACCGCAUUAAAUGAACAAGGCCUACCACUUUGCCUUGGGUAGCUGCACCAAAUCGGGAUUUCCAAACGUGACUUCUCUCCUAUUCAACAGCUGGAGUGAGUCAUGCUCUACCCCUGUUGCUUGUUCCUUCAGCUCUCCUAAUCUCAGCCCUAACGUGGGAGAGCAGUGUUUGUAGUGACCUCUGUUCUGGUAUUUAGCAAGAUGCAUUGUCACUAUUUGUCUGUUUCUCUUUGGAUGAAUGGAUGAGCUGCCCCCAGACAGGGGUCCUGCCAGAUUGGGUCUCAUUAAAAUGUCGAUAAAUGA